CCAACAUGAAGGUUAUCGUCUCCGUCUUGUGCCUCGCCGCCGCCGCCUCCGCCAGGAUGGCCUACCAGUUCUCCGACGGCUACCUGGAAGUGCUGGGCGCUGAACCUGCACGAUCGUUCGAGUGCGCCGGCCGCAACUACGGCUACUACGCGGACGUGCCCACCGACUGCCGGGUAUUCCACGUGUGUCUGCCCAUCUCUGACGACCUGGGCGAGGUGGUCGAGACCGCCCAGUUCUCCUUCUUCUGCGGCAACCAGACGGUGUUCAGUCAGGAGUCCCUCACCUGCUCCCACCCUCUGGAGGCCUUCCCCUGCGAACAGGCCGAGACCCUCUACGACCUCUCCAACGCCGACUUCGGCAAGAUCCCCGAAGAAAACCAAAACCAAUAACAUGUUAACCGCUCCAUAAUACGUUUAUAUUAAUAAAUUUAAUGUUUGUGCCAA